AUGUCCUUUAAGUGCCUGCAGUGCAGCAAGUACUUUAGUCUAGCAGAAAACCUAAGGGAGCAUGAAGGAGUUCACACUGGGAAAAAGCCUUAUAAAUGUAAACAAUGUGGCAAGUGUUUUAGCCAAGCCGGAACCCUAAGGAUUCAUGAAAGAGUUCACACUGGGGAAAAGCCUUAUGAAUGUAAACAGUGUGGCAAGUGUUUUAGGCAAGCAGGAAACCUAAGGAGUCAUGAAAGAGUUCACACUGAAGAAAAGUCUUACAAAUGUAAACAGUGUGCCAAGUGUUUUAGCCGAGCAGACACCCUCAGGAUUAAUGAAAGAGUUCACACUGGGGAAAAGCCUUAUGAAUGUAAACAGAGUGGCAAGUGUUUUAGUCUACCAGGAAACCUAAGGAGUCAUGAAAGAGUUCACUCUGGGGAAAUGCCAUAUGAAUGUAAACAGUGUGGCAAGUGUUUUAGCCAAGCAGGAGGCCUAAAGAUUCAUGAAAGAGUUCACACUGGGGAAAAGCCUUAUGAAUGUAAACAGCAUGGCAAGUGUUUUAGCCGAACAGGACACCUAAGGAGUCAUGAAAGAAUUCACACUGGGAAAAAGCCUUAUGAAUGUAAACAGUGUGGCAAGUAUUUUAGCCAACCAGGACACCUAAGAUGUCAUGUAAGAAUUCACACCGGGGAAAAGCCGUAUGAAUGUAAACAGUGUGGCAAGUAUUUUAGUCUACCAGGAAACCUAAGGAGUCAUGAAAGAGUUCACUCUGGGGAAACGCCGUAUGAAUGUAAACCGUGUGGCAAGUGUUUUAGCCAAGCAGGAUACCUAAGGAUUCAUGAAAGAGUUCACACUGGGGAAAAGCCUUACGAAAGUAAACAGUGUGGCAAGUGUUUUAGCUGAACAGGAUACCUAUGGAAUCAUGAAAGAAUUCACACUGGGGAAAAGCCUUAUGAAUAUAAACAGUGUGGCAAGUGUUUUAGCCAAGCAGGACACCUAAGAUGUCAUGAAAGAAUUCACACUGGGGAAAAGCCUUAUGAAUGUAAACAGUGUGGCAAGCGUUUUAGCCAAGCAGAACACCUAAGGAGUCAUGAAAGAGUUCACACUGGGAAAAAGCCUUAUGAAUGUAAACAGUGUGGCAAGUGUUUCAAAGUAGCAGGAAGCCUGAGGAAGCAUGAGAGAAUUCACACCCUGGUUGAGUCAUGUAAAUGUUCCCGGAAAAACGAAAGUCUUUCUAAACGUUUGGAAUCUUGCAAGCGGAAGAGAGCGGGAGGUAAAAACGUUAAUGUUAGCAGAGCCAUAGGAUUUAUAAACAACCUUCAAACACAGAGACAGACUGGAAACGCUGAUGAUGCAGAUGCACAAUUGGUCAUCUUUGAGAAUUACAGCUGCUGGAUUUGUCAAGAGGAGAUGAGUAGUGAAGCUCUUCUUCUCCAACAU